AUGGCAUCACUAGCGACCCACCUCUCAGCAUUCCUCUUCCUCAUACCCACCGGUCUCCGUCGUCUCCUUUGCUCAUCAUCACUCUACCUCAAAACCCCAUCAAUAUACAAAUCCAAAACAUGGUUUUUCUCAGAACCCAGAUGGAAAAAUCUCGACUUUUACAUCCUCAUCAUAGCUCUACCCUUAUCCUCCUUCUCCGAAACUUUCAUCUUCUUGACUUUUUCAUCAGGACACCCAACUUACAGAUUCGCAUUUCUCCAGCAAUCUAUGGUGGUUUUCCUCUUCUGGGUACUCCUCCUUUUGAUCAUACUCAGAGAAAACGUUGACCCUUUAUACAUCAAUGAAGCUUUCGUUUUUAUCUUCGCUGGUUUGACUUUUUUAGCUGAAUAUUUUGUUAUGGGAAAAGGAUUAACGGGUCUUAGUAGCACGGCUUAUGAUUUAUUAGGAGCAUUGACCCUUGUUUGUGCCGGUUGUUCAUUCUAUUUAUCAGUUAAACCCUCUGCUUUUUUUGCUGAGUUUUUGCUAUCUACUGGGUUGGUUUUCAAAGGGACUUGGAUUUUGCAAUCUGGGUUGUCUUUGUAUACUGAUACAUUUGGGUUCAAAGGGUGUCAGAAAGUAAUGGUCUUGCCUGGUAAGGAGAAUGCUGAUAUGGGUUGUGAUCUUGAAGAGGAUGGUUUCAGGGCUGUGGCUUUGAUGAGAUUAUUGUUCACUGGUCAUGCUAUUUUGGUCUUGCUUUUGAGUUUUGGAUUGUUUGGUUUGUUGUCAAAGAAUCAGAAUUUGAGGUUUGGUGAUGGAGGUGGUCCUUUGCUUUCACAGGUUGAUUCAGAGAAUAUGCUGAUGCGAACUAGUGCUGAGCUUGAGAUUGAGUGAAAUGUUCAAAAAUCUCCACAACAUCAGAACAGAUUCCCUCUACCAUCUGUGUGGUAUAAUGUGAAAGCCCAAAUGAUUGUAACACUCCCUGGGACAGUAGCGGCGUCGAUAUUGACAAGUAAGUAAGCUGUGGAUCUGAUACUGAACACUGCUUAUAAACAAAGUAAACAAAUCCCAUUAAGAAAUUAAAAAAGUCUGUUGUAGUUGCUACACAAGAAACAUAAUAUGAAUGCUUUAAUACUUAGAAUUAUAUAUAUUAUACAGUUCAUAUA